CAGAUGCGCUUCAUGCUGCUGUUCAGUCGGCAGGGCAAGCUGCGGCUGCAGAAGUGGUACACGGCCACGGCCGAACGCGACAAGAAGAAGAUGGUUAGGGAGCUGAUGCAGAUCGUCCUGGCCCGCAAGCCCAAAAUGUGCAGUUUUCUGGAGUGGAGGGACCUCAAGAUUGUCUACAAAAGGUACGCUAGCUUGUACUUUUGCUGCGCCGUGGAGGAGCACGACAACGAGCUGAUCACGCUGGAAGUCAUCCACCGCUUCGUGGAACUCUUGGAUAAAUAUUUCGGCAGCGUGUGCGAGCUGGACAUCAUCUUCAACUUUGAAAAGGCUUACUUCAUCCUGGAUGAGUUCCUGAUGGGAGGAGAGAUCCAGGAUACGUCUAAGAAGAGCGUCUUGAAAGCCAUCGAGCAAGCCGACAUACUGCAGGAGGAAGACGAGUCGCCCAGGAGCGUGCUGGAGGAGAUGGGCCUGGCGUAG